AUGGGCUCAGAAUCAAAGACAGGCUCCAGCUCGGCCAAACCCUUUGGUGGGGGCAAGGCCGCACAAUCAGCACCAUCCAUCGCGUCGAAAUCAUCAAAAGGAGCAGAGGCUUCACUACAUGCGCCCAGCACGCAUAAUAUGGCAACAAUCGUUGACGACGACGACCGCCUACUCACGCGCAUUGGAUACACCCCAGUUCUCCAACGUCACUUUUCAAGAUGGUCGACGGUAUCCUACGCAAUCUCGAUUCUCGGUGUCUUGGGCUCUGUCCCCGCAACGUUUGGCAGUCCUGUGGGUUCUGGAGGGCCGGCGACCGCCGUCUGGGCGUGGAUGAUUGGCAGUAUCAUGGCCUACUGCAUAGCCAGCUCAGUUGCUGAAUUGGUCUCGGCCUAUCCUACCGCGGGAGGAAUGUACUAUGUUACGAAACACGUAGUCCCCAAAGACCGCGUGGCACCGUGGGCGUGGAUCGUUGGUUGGUGCAACUUCCUGGGUCAAGCUGGCGGUGUGGCAAGUCUUGCCUACACCAUCUCACAGAUGAUUCUCGCGACAGCAGUCAUGCACUCUAUUGAGGACAGUAACGGAGUGCCGACCUUCCAUCCCACAUCGGUACAAACGGUCUUGCUUGCGAUUCUCGUCCUGUGUUUGUUUGGCGCCAUCUGCUCCUUCCCCACGCUCUGGCUUCACAAGGUCAUUCUCUGGUUUGCACCCAUUAACAUCCUUGCCUCGAUUGCGAUCUGCAUUGCUCUUCUCGUCCUCACCCCCGAAAAACAAAGCGCCAAGUGGGUUUUCACAGAAUUUACAGAUGGUUCUGGCUGGGGCAGCAAAGGAUUCUCCUUUCUUCUCGGUUUCCUCUCGGUUGCAUGGACUAUGACGGAUUACGAUGGCACUACUCACAUGUCGGAAGAAACGCACGACGCCGCGAUUCGAGGACCCGUUGCCAUCAGAGCUGCCAUCCUCGUGUCCGGAGUAGUCGGCUGGAUGCUAACGGUUACUUUCUGCUUCUGCAUGUCAGAUUACGAGGGAAUCAUGGCUACACCAACCGGACUGCCCGUCGCACAGAUCUUCUUAAACGCUGGCGGCAGGACAGGAGGGACAGUCAUGUGGUUCUUCGUCAUCCUGGUCCAGUUCUUCACCGGUUGUUCUGCAAUGCUGGCGAACUCGAGGAUGGCCUGGGCUUUUGCUCGUGAUGCUGCAUUUCCUUUCUCGGAUUUCUGGGCCAAGGUAAACAACGUUACCGACACGCCCAUCAACGCCGUCUGGCUCGUCGUGAUCUUCUGCAGCUGCCUAAACAUGAUCGGUAUCGGCAGUACUUUGACCAUCCUGAGCAUCUUCAACAUCACCGCCCCAGCGCUCGACAUCAGCUACAUUGCCGUCAUCGUCGCGCACAGAUGGUACGAAGGCAAAGUCCAGUUCCACCCAGGACCGUACACCAUGGGCCGGUGGAGCAAGCCAGUCAAUGCAAUUGCUGUUACGUGGGUGUGCUUUAUCAGCGUGAUUCUGUUCUUCCCCACGGUAAGACCAGUCACCGCUACAAACAUGAACUACGCGAUCUGCGUCGCAGCCUUCAUUGGCUUCUUCAGUAUGAUCUGGUGGUAUGCAGGGGCACGCAAGCGAUACACAGGACCCCGCACAACAGAUAUGAUCGAUGAACUGCCACAGGAAGAUGCGCGUGACAUCGUGGCCGACUCAACGGCCUUCUACGAGCCCUAAUUGCGGCAUCGCUCCAGCGAUCCGCGCAAAUCGCAUUGAACGCACAUAUUCAUUCCAUGCAUAUCCUGCAGCCGCUGCACACGCGAGCAAAGGAGCACGAGCUCCCGC